GACCGCGCCCCGCCGGGCCGGGCCGGGCCGGGCCGAGCGCUCCGCUCUCCGCGCUCCCUCCGCGCCGGCGGGGUCGGCGGGGCCAUGGCCACCCUGCGGCGGGACGGCCGGGUGACCGCGCUGCAGCGCCUGGGCUGCGCGGGGCUGGCGGGCGCGCUGAGCUUGAGCCUGACGGCGCCGCUGGAGCUGCUGACGGUGCUGGCGCAGGUGGGCACCUGGCACUGCCGGCGGGGGCUGCGCGAAGCCGGGCGCUGCCUGUGCCGCACCGAGGGCCUGCGGGCGCUCUGGAAGGGGAACCUCACCGCCUGCCUGCGCCUCUGCCCCUACAGCGCGCUCCAGAUCGCCGCCUCCCGCCGACUUGUUAUACUUUUCGCGGAUGAGUUGGGUCAUGUCUCCCACUGGAGAGCCAUCAUGGCAGGAAGUCUGGCUGGCAUGGUUGCAACCAUCGUGACAUACCCCACUGACGUGAUUAAAACACGGCUCAUUGUGCAGAACCGACUGGAACCAUCUUAUGAGGGAAUUCUUCAUGCUUUUUACAAAAUUUAUCAUCAAGAAGGACUCCGUGCUCUCUACCGUGGUGUUUCACCAGCUAUAUUAGGUGCUGUCCCAUUUUCUGCAGGCUCAUUCUUUGUUUACAUCAGUCUGGACAAAAUCUGGCAAGAGCCCAUAGUUCAAUUCACUCCUCUUCAGAACUUCAUAAAUGGCUGUGUAGCAGCUGGUGUGGCCCAGACACUUUCUUUCCCCUUUGAGACUGUCAAGAGGAAGAUGCAGGCCCAGAGUCCUUGGCUUCCCCACUAUGGAGGAGUUGAUGUCCAUUUUACUGGCAUGGCUGACUGUUUCCGGCAAACUGUGAAGAACAAAGGUGUGCUUGGACUUUGGAAUGGACUCACACCCAGUCUGCUCAAGAUUGUCCCGUACUUUGGUGUUAUGUUUAGCACCUUUGAAUUCUGCAAGCGAGUCUGUCUGUACAGAAAUGGUUAUAUUGAAUCUCCUUUAAAUUACAAGCUGACUCCUGGUGUGGACCAGAGCUUGCAGCCACAAGAACUGAGAGAAUUAAAGCGCUACCGAAGGGAAAAUUUUGAGCCAAGGAAAUCGGCUCUUGAAAACUGACUUCAGAGUGUCCACUGCAGAUAUACCAACUACCUUUCUUAAGGAACUUUGCAAGAAAGACAUACUGAGCUACAGGUACUGGCGUUUCAGCGGAUUGCAUGGUUUUAGUACUGAGACACCUGUGACAGGAAAGAAUAAACCUUGUAUUUCAUUUGCUGAAUGGAUAUAAACAAUAUAAAUAGCAACCACAUACUGAAGAGGAGACUUGCAACCAGUUUGAAAACUCUCUACUGUUGGAACUUGAAAUGGCAUUAUUUUAGGUGUUUUUUAAUACUGAAUAGCCACUUGAGGUUAAACCAGUUGCAGAAAGGCAAGAGAACAGAGAUGAGGUUAUAAAUUGUAUCUUCAAAGCCAUUAAGAAAUCCAAAUUUUUUUUUAAGCAAUCUGAGAUACCAAGUCAGCCAAACAUAAUAAAACAAACAAAAUCCAUGCAACAUGCAAGAAUUUCUACUGAAGUCUCCAGGUUUUUUAGUGAUACCGUGUGGACAUGGCAUUCUGCCAAGCCAGAAUUAGUCUCAGUUGAGUUACACUCCCAAAUCCAAACCUCAGUUUUUGAGACUUACUCAAGAAUAAUAAUUGUGUGUGAAACUCCAGCACAAAGAUGAAAACAUGCUGCUGCAACUAUGCUUUUGCUAAGAGAGAACUGUAACUGCAAAAUGGACUGCAACACACUGGAAUGACAAUCUUGCAAACUUAAGUGCGUACUAGGAAAUCUUCCUCCCUUUCUUGUGUGUUGUUACUGCACCUAUGUGAAUUAUUUCAGUUUGAAAAAUAGUUUUCCUGAAGUUCUCUAACUGAAAUAUUUCCUGGAAAAUGCAGUUCUUAGGUGUGUUAGGUAUUUCAGAGCCACGAGCCUUGUCAUGUUGUUUUGGUAUUCUUAAAGCUCUAUUUUUAUAUUAGACCACUUUUUAGUUCCACUGCACAGACCUAGGCCUGCUGUGCUGCCCGGAAUGUGCCAGCAGGAUAGCACCAUGCACACCACCUGUGAUUGCUCCACUUUAACUGCUGUGAUCCAGGAGCUGCAGACAGAUCCUGUGUGUAGGAGCCUCUCUGCAAGACCACGAGGUUACUGCCAGUGCCAAUGCAAUUGAUGGGAGUCUGACCAACCUUGGGAGGUUUUGGACAAUAAAAGAUCAUCUGAGGACCUGUGA